CCGUUUAUUUGCUCCGCGGCGGAGGUGGGAGCGUGGUGGUGGUACCGGUAUCAUGUACGGCUUCGUCAAUCACGCCCUGGAGYUGCUCGUCAUCCGCAACUACGGCCCCGCCGUCUGGGAGGACAUCAAAAAGGAAGCUCAGCUGGAUGAAGAAGGACAAUUUCUUGUCAGAAUAAUUUAUGAUGAUUCCAAAACCUAUGAUUUGGUUGCAGCUGCUAGCAAGGUCCUUAAUCUAAAUGCUGGGGAAAUCCUUCAGAUGUUUGGGAAGAUGUUUUUUGUGUUUUGUCAAGAAUCUGGUUAUGAUACAAUUCUACGUGUGUUGGGCUCAAACGUCAGAGAGUUUUUGCAGAACUUGGAUGCUCUGCAUGACCACCUUGCUACCAUUUACCCAGGUAUGCGAGCCCCUUCCUUUAGGUGCACUGAUGCAGAGAAGGGGAAAGGACUUAUUCUGCACUACUAUUCAGAAAGAGAAGGUCUUCAGGAUAUUGUCAUUGGAAUCAUCAAAACGGUAGCUCAACAGAUCCACGGUACAGAAAUAGAUAUGAAGGUUAUUCAACAGAGAAAUGAGGAGUGUGACCACAUUCAAUUUUUAAUUGAAGAGAAAGAGUCUAAAGAGGAGGACUACUACGAAGACCUCGACAGAUUUGAAGAAAAUGGCACCCAAGAAUCUCGCAUCAGUCCCUAUACUUUCUGCAAGGCGUUUCCUUUCCACAUAAUAUUUGACAGAGAUCUGGUGGUCACCCAGUGUGGUAACGCUAUAUACAGAGUCCUUCCACAGCUGCAGCCAGGGAAUUGCAGUCUGUUGUCAGUUUUCUCCUUGGUUCGGCCUCAUAUUGAUAUUAGCUUCCAUGGGAUCCUCUCACAUAUCAACACUGUCUUUGUACUGAGGACCAAGGAAGGGCUCUUGGAUGUAGAAAAGCUAGAGUGUGAAGAUGAACUGACUGGCACAGAAAUCAGCUGCUUACGCCUGAAGGGUCAAAUGAUCUACUUGCCAGAAGCAGACUCCAUUCUUUUCCUUUGUUCACCAAGUGUGAUGAACUUGGAUGAUUUAACCAGAAGAGGUUUAUACCUGAGUGAUAUUCCAUUGCAUGAUGCUACCCGGGAUCUGGUGCUUUUGGGAGAACAGUUCAGAGAGGAAUAUAAACUGACUCAAGAACUUGAGAUCCUCACUGACAGGCUGCAGCACACAUUACGGGCCCUGGAAGAUGAGAAGAAAAAGACAGACACAUUACUGUACUCUGUCCUACCACCAUCAGUGGCAAAUGAGCUGAGGCACAAGCGCCCGGUUCCAGCUAAGCGCUACGACAACGUGACCAUUCUCUUCAGUGGCAUCGUUGGCUUCAACACCUUCUGCAGUAAGCACGCCUCUGGGGAGGGAGCAAUGAAGAUUGUCAACCUUCUCAAUGAUCUUUACACGAGAUUUGAUAUUCUCACCGAUUCGCGAAGGAAUCCCUUUGUUUAUAAGGUGGAAACCGUUGGUGACAAGUAUAUGACAGUGAGUGGCCUGCCAGAGCCUUGCGUUCAUCAUGCACGAUCUAUCUGCCACCUGGCAUUGGAUAUGAUGGAAAUAGCAGGCCAAGUUCAAGUAGAUGGUGAACCUGUACAGAUAACAAUAGGAAUCCACACUGGUGAGGUAGUCACGGGUGUCAUAGGCCAAAGGAUGCCACGUUACUGUCUCUUUGGAAAUACUGUCAAUCUAACAAGCAGAACAGAAACUACUGGAGAAAAGGGGAAGAUCAAUGUCUCUGAGUACACUUACAGGUGCCUUAUGACUCCGGAAAAUUCAGAUCCUCAGUUCCACCUGGAGUACAGGGGUCCAGUUUCUAUGAAGGGUAAAAAAGAACCAAUGCAGGUUUGGUUUCUGUCCAGAAAGAGUACAGAGACAGAGGAAGCAAAGCCAGAUGCUUUCUGAGCUGAGGGAAGAGGAAGAGGACGCUGCAUGGGGGGCAUCACUGCCUCCAAGGAGCGGGUCAGGCACCAAGGUUCUUGUGGGUGUUACUUGGUACUUCACUGCAUAUCUCCCAUUGCCACGUGCAAUAUCACUGUCUUGUGUCCCAGUCUUGAAAUCAUCUUCACCAUUUUCUUCUAGGGUCUCAUGCUGAUUUUGUCUUUUAUUUUUUGACUUUGAUCUUUUUUUCUUGCCUUAGUGUGUUGUGCUGUUCUAUCUCUGCGGUGAGCAUGUAUCUUGGGCUUAUAUUUUAUAUGUAUCCGUGUGCGUCAGUCAUGCAGCCCUUCUCACCACUAGCUAAUACCAAAUACCAUUUUGUAAUACACUUGCCAUUUCUAUCUGGUGCCUCACAGCCAUGCUCUUCAUCUUCGUUUCUGCAGUGUAAGAGUUGUGUGAAUCAGUGACACUUUGGAAAGCCAGACAUUUCAAUUGUUGGGAAGAAUGAUGAACCUAAAAAAAUGUAAAAUUAACAAUAACACAUAAAUCAUCGUAAUGAUAACUAUUGUAUAAAUGUUGUCAUUCAGAUUUAGUUCUGCUAUCAUCAUGCUUUACAUUCAUCCUGUGAGUAACACUUGAUGCACUGUCUGCAUUUUCCCUUUCUAGACACUAUAUAUGCAUUUUCUAUACUAAAAGGAGGCAGUUUUUUGUCUGAUAUUACCAUUUGAAGCAUGUGCCAAUGUAUUUUUACUGCAAUGCUGUUCACUUACAAUGUGUGUGUCAUGGAUUUAUAUUAAGUAAAUUAAGUAGCCUUGUUAUCAGUAGAUUGCUGGACAGUUUUAGACUACCUAUAAUGCUCAGAUUCUUUCCUGAUAGUGCCCCCUGAAUUGAAAGGCACCCACUGGGAGAGGCUCAUCAGGAUUGCCUUUUUGUUUUGYUCCCCCUAAUUUUCAGAAAGGAUCUUAUUUCAUUCCUUGGAAGGAUCUGGUAAUAUUCUAGACAUAACCCAUA